GGCCGCGCCGCCGCGGAGCGUUCGGGGCGCCGCGCUCCAAGGGCCGGGCAUGGAGCUUCGGGCGUUGGGCGCACUCCGAAGCCCGCGCACGUGAGACCCAAGGAACGCCGUCCGGAGCCCCGUGGCCCGGGACGCGGAGAUGUGGGACGCGCAGCCGCCUGUGCCCCGAGGAGCCGCCGCCCCCGGGAUCCCCGGGCAUGGUGCGCGCCCCGGCGGGCAGCGCCCGGAGAAGACGGCGCCCCCCACGCUCGACCCGCGGGGCCGGGGCAGCGCCGCGCCAGCCCUCUAGGCGGCCGCAGGGCCACAGCAGCUCCGCCGCCGGCGCCCCCCGGAAACCAUGACCCCCGGCGCGGGCCCAUGGAGCCAUGGCCUAUAGGGUCCUGGGCCGCGCGGGGCCAGCUCAGCCGCGGAGGGCGCGCAGGCUGCUCUUCGCUUUCACGCUUUCGCUCUCCUGCACUUACCUGUGCUACAGCCUCCUGUGCUGCUGCGACGACCUGGGCCAGAGCCGCCUCAUCGGCGCGCCUCGCUGCCUGCGCGGCCCCGGCGCGGGCGGCCAGAAACUUCUCCCGAAGUCCCGCCCCUGCGAUCCCCCGGGGCCCACGCCCAGCGCGCCCGGCGCUCCCAGCGCGCCCGCCGCCGCCGCCGCCGCCGCGUCUGGUCCUCGCCUCCCGGCUGCCAACCACUCGGGCUCGGCCAGGAUGGGCACCAAGCGACUGCCCCAAGCCCUCAUCGUGGGCGUGAAGAAGGGGGGCACGCGGGCCGUGCUGGAGUUCAUCCGCGUGCAUCCGGACGUGCGGGCCCUGGGCACGGAGCCACACUUCUUCGACAGGAACUACGGCCGCGGGCUCGACUGGUACAGGAGCCUCAUGCCGCGGACGCUGGAGAGCCAGAUCACGCUGGAGAAGACGCCCAGCUACUUCGUCACGCAGGAGGCCCCCCGGCGCAUCUUCAACAUGUCCCGGGACACCAAGCUGAUCGUGGUCGUGCGGAACCCGGUGACCCGGGCCAUCUCGGACUACACACAGACGCUCUCCAAGAAGCCGGACAUCCCCACCUUCGAGGGCCUGUCCUUCCGCAACCGCACGCUGGGCCAGGUGGACGAGUCGUGGAGCGCCAUCCGCAUCGGCAUGUACGCGCUGCACCUGGAGAGCUGGCUGCGGUACUUCCCGCUAGCCCAGAUCCAUUUCGUCAGCGGCGAGCGGCUCAUCACCGACCCGGCGGGCGAGCUGGGCCGCGUCCAGGACUUCCUGGGCAUCAAGAGGUUCAUCACGGACAAGCACUUCUACUUCAACAAGACCAAAGGAUUCCCUUGCUUGAGAAAAACAGAAUCGAGCCUCCUGCCUCGGUGCCUGGGCAAAUCGAAAGGCAGAACUCAUGUACAGAUUGAUCCAGAAGUGAUAGACCAGCUCCGGGAAUUUUAUAGACCUUAUAAUAUUAAAUUUUAUGAAACAGUUGGACAGGACUUCAGGUGGGAGUGAGCCACCAAGAUGUAAGGGUUCUUCCGCUUGUCUCUUCCGUGAGGCUGGCCCCUCGAGCCUGUGAUCCUCUUCCCCGAGCAAACCCAACCCAGGCUCCAGCCCCCUUUCCCAUCUCGGGUUCCAUCGUCCUGGAACUGGGAGGACCAGCUAAGGCCACGAGACCAGGGGGUCCUUGCCACUAGCUCUCCCCAGUCUGUCUAGGCAGAGCUGACCCACUUCUGGCUUGUCCAGCCAGUUCUGAAUCAUUUCCCUUCAGCCCCUCCGAGGCCUUGGCAAACGG